AGUGAUAAAGUAUUACCAAAAAAAACUCCAAAGAAUUCAACGAAAAAGUGCUCUCUAAAGUGACUAAAAACGAAAUGCUUCGGCAUGUGCCUCCGAGAUGGUGACCACAAUUAAAAUAACCUGCGAUGGAGUCUUCAUCCAGUCCAACUCGUACCUCAUGCCCUCGGCCGCCAGUGGCCAGCUCCCGGGAGCAGCAGGAUCGGCCUCCUCAGACCGGGCUCUGAAGGCGGGCUCCUCGAACGAAAGCGACAACUCGCAGACGAGCAGCGGCAGUCAGACAGCCUCCAGUGCCGGGAAGCGCUCCAACAGGUCCGUGGGCAGGAGCCAGCGAGGAUCCGGAGGGCAGGACACUAGGCGGAGGUACUACUUCGGCAGCAAGGACAUCUACUGGUGCAAGCAGAGCCGGGAGGGCUUGGGAGGAGGAACUGUUUCUGGGGGCAGACCCGCUUCGAGUUUGACGCGCAGUGCCAGCAGUGUGACCCACAAGGAGGCCUCCACCCACGCCACCCACAGCGGGGGGCAGGUGAUCUCGAGAGCGCGCCGCAAGCCCCUCCUCCUGUGCAGCAGCCUGAGUGCCGCCUACGCUCCUCCCCGGCGCCGGGAGUUCUACUUCUGCGACAAGUAUGCCCCCUCCCUCCAGGGUAGGAGCUCGCUCUCCCCCAGCAAGUCCUCCACCCCGUCGGCCAAGAGCGAGUCUGUCCAGCCGAUCGAUGCCCGGCUUCUGAAUUUCCUGCGCAGUGCUCAGCGGAAGUUCCAGGUGGCCAAGUCCAAGCCGGAGCAGCAGCAGCAGCACACCAAAGAUAAACCCCAAGCUAAGGACAAGGGGAGUGGUCAGGACUCGUCCCGAUCCUUGCCGAUCAUUGCCUCCACAGAGGAGUGGAUUGACGAGGAAGCCCUGUCCCAGGAAGAGGGAAGCCGCGAGAGGAAGUCCCAAUCCAAGUCCAAGGAGAAGGAUAAGAAGCAGCCACUCUCCAGAAAGGCUUCAGGCGAGACUUCAGGUGAUCUAAUCACCGUCGAGAUCAAGCAGGGACCGCUACGGAAGCAGCCUCUUCCGGCGGCCUCCCAACCACCCAAAGAAGAAGACCCACCCACGAUGAACAGCCACGCGACCGCCACCCAGAACGGACAAACCACGGUGGUGGGGCAUCAUCGCGGCUUCUCGCAGCCCUCGGUGACGGUGGCCGCCGCCUCGGCGACGGGCAGCACCGCCGGCGAUCCAUGGUUCCUUCAAACCACCGGCCACCAAAUGCCCCCCACCGCCCCCCUGCGGCACAACAAGCGGCCAGCACCCCAACCGAAUGCGGUUCUCGGCGCUGGCGGUGGCAGCGGUGGUACGGCCGCUGGCUCAGCGAUCGGAGCGGUUCUGUUGCACCAGCAGCAGCUCAGCCAGUCGCAGCCACACAUCGUGCCGCCGAGCAUACCGCCGCACCACCACCACCAUCGCGACAACAAUGUGCAUCCCAACCAGCCGGGAGCGGCGGCCGCCCUGCAUCUGUCAUCGCAUGCGCUUAAUAGUCAUAAUUUAAUCAGCAGCGCCAACAACCACUCGCCCAAGUCCCCCAGCCAGACACAACAACAACAGACGACGACCCAACAACAACAACAGCAGCAGCAGGCGUCUCACAGUAUACUGUCCACCUUUGCGCCAGCAGCCUCCAGUGGAUCAGUACAGGCAGCGGGUUCGCAGGCGGCGGGAGGAACCGCUGCUGCCGUGGCCGCCGUGGCUCAACAGCAGCAGCAGCAGCACCUCCAGCUGCUGGCCAACUGUGGCGGAGCUGGGGGAGCGGGCCUGAUGUCCUCCUCGUUGAACGCCGCCCAGAUGGCGUUGCAUGCCUCGGAGCGGGCGCUGCCGCCAAAGAGCCUGGCCCUGAGUAGCAGCCAGCACGGCAGCAACAUGCUGCUCCACACGACUGCCCAGCCGACGCAGGCAACCCAGCCGGUGUCCGGCAGUGGAUCCGCCGGCAUGUCCACCUCCCUGCACAGCUUCGAUAUCAACGGCGGCGCUGGCGGCAGUGGCGUGAAUGCGAGCACUGCUUGGACGAGUGGCUCCACCACGGCCAUGAACCACUCCUCGCUGUCGCCCACUGCCAUGGCGCCCCAACAGCUGCGCAAGUGUGAGGUCAAGCUGAAUGCCAUGCCAUGGUUCCAUGGCAGCAUAACGCGCGAUGAGGCGGAGCACCUGCUGCAGCCUCGAGAGGACGGACUGUUCCUGGUCCGCGAGUCCACAAACUUUCCUGGUGAUUACACGCUCUGCGUCUGCUUCCAGGCCAAGGUGGAGCACUACCGGGUGAAGUAUCUGGAAAACAAGCUGACCAUCGACGACGAGGAGUACUUUGAGAAUCUUGGCCAGCUGGUGGCGCACUACGAAGCAGAUGCGGAUGGACUGUGCACCCAGCUGAUCAAGUGCUUGCCCAAGCUGGGCAAACAAGAGUUCUGCAUCAACUCCAAAGACUUUGUGGACAAGGGCUGGGUGAUCCCCGAGGCGGAGCUGCAGCUGCGGGAGAGCAUCGGCAAGGGGGAGUUCGGCGACGUGAUGCUGGGCAUACUGCGCAAUGAAAAAGUGGCCGUAAAGAUGCUCAAGGAUGAGGGAGCUGUGCAAAAGUUUCUGGCCGAAGCCUCAGUGAUGACGACCUUGGAGCACGACAACCUGGUCAAGUUCAUUGGCCUUGUCUUCACCAGCAAGCAUUUGUAUUUGGUUACGGAGUACAUGAGCAAGGGAUCACUGGUUGAUUACCUGCGAUCGCGCGGACGACAGCACAUAACCAAAAAGGAUCAAAUCAUUUUUGCCUACGACACUGCCUCUGGAAUGGAGUAUCUGGAAGCCAAGAAGGUUGUGCAUCGCGAUCUGGCGGCCCGCAAUGUCCUCAUCUCGGAGGAUUGUGUUGCCAAGGUGUCCGAUUUUGGUUUGGCACGCGAGGAGUGCUACAACCUCGACGUUGGCAAGUUGCCCAUCAAGUGGACGGCUCCGGAGGCGCUCAAGAAUGGGCGCUUCUCCAACAAAUCGGAUAUGUGGAGCUUUGGCAUACUGCUGUGGGAAAUCUACUCCUUUGGUCGCGUGCCUUAUCCGAGAAUUCCAUUAGCUGAUGUGGUGAAGCACGUCGAGGUGGGCUACAAAAUGGAAGCACCCGAGGGCUGUCCACCGGAGAUAUACGAAAUGAUGCGCCAGGCUUGGGACCUCAAUCCCGCCAAGCGGCCCACAUUCGCGGAGCUCAAGGUGAAGCUGCAGCUGCUGAACAACGCCACAGCGUGAGGAGGCACUGGACAUUGGACACAGAUGCAGAUG